AUGAACGCCUCGGUCUGUGCUAGUAGUAAGUCGUCCUCGACUUCUGCUGAAUAUCGCAAAUCUAAUGAGUAUUCAAUAGUUCAUGAUAUAUUGUGUACCGUAUCGUAUUUUAUAAAUAUAUUCAUGUUCUUUACUUAUGCAUUCGUGGUGACUAAGUUCUGCAAGGAUUCAUUAAAAUAUUUUAAUGAUAAGGGCUAUCUCGACGUUCCAGAUAUAUCAAAUAGGUAUCUAUCUCUGGCAAUUUCUAUACUAGUCUCAUAUACAUGGUCAAGGUUUUAUUCUUCCUCGUUUGAUGGAGAUGCUUUUAGCCAUGUUCUCUACUACAGAUACAGGAUAAUUAACAUUCGUAAGUCCCACCCGUUAAGUACUCAUGUAAUAGGUGAACUGAUCUGUCGUGUCGCUGGAACAAUGGCUGCAGGCGCUCUUUUCGGGUAUCUGUACUAUAUUGUGCUAGAAAUAGGUUGCUCAAAUAUGGAUAAAUCGUACGAAAUACUAAAGAAAAUGGCGAACGAGUCAAGCGGUAUAAAAACUUUGAUGGAUGUAUUUGUAUUUCCAGCCCUAAAAAAUAACACCAAAGAUACCAUAGUAAAAGAUUAUCUCUCUAGGUUCCUACAAAUAUCGGCCCUGAAAUACGAAAAAAACUACUUUAUCUUGCUGGAAAAAUAUGUAGGACUUCUGGUUGAUCAUUUUCUUGUAGAAUUUAUAUUUUGUUUUUCUGCUUACAUUUUCCUUUCCCUAUUUUUAAGUGCUGCAAAAUCACCCUCCGGAUACCGCAUUCUAUGUGUAUUGGACAGAAGAUGCUACAUUUUCUUGAGUACACUACUACUAGAGCAUGUCAACGGUGAAUCUGCACUUGACGGGGCGAAAUCCAUGUUCCUUUACUUUGAAGAUUUUGAUAGAUUAAAACUUAUUGCAAGGUUGCUUGGAAAUAUACUAGCAGCACUGUUGGUCCCUUACAUAUUCCCUCUUCCCAAAAUUAUGAGCUUGUACGAAUACAGAGACAUCUAUGUUAACACAACAAACUCCUCAAGUACCAACAUUGGCACUGCAGAAUACCCCUACCUUAAGGUAAUUAAAUCGCAGAGCAUUGUUACAAACCAAAUACGUUACGGAAAAUGGCCUAACACGAAGCUUGGUGGGCUCAUGUCAAGAAUAGAGACAUUCCUCAGUCAUAAGAAGAGGCAUUGA